CAACAUGAUUCCCCUGGAGGUUAAUCAGAUUGAUUGAUUGAUUUAUAACUUUCUGACUUCGUACAAAGAAGGAGACUGUUUUGGCCUCUCCGAGAAGCCAGAGAAAGAUGUUGCUGCACAUGAAAUUCUCAAUGUUUCAUCUGCCCAGAGAGACGGCCUGAGACCUCCAUCCACUCUUAAGCCAAGGAUUACUCUCCAUGCUCCAUGCUCCAUGACCCAACACAUUGCUUCUCUCUGACUGUCCACGUUCCCAAAAUGCACAGAUCUUUUUUUACAUGGGUAAAUUCUGAGAUGGUCAUCGAGAACGACACAUGGAAAUGCCUCUGAAUAUUUGUUGUUGUCAUUGUUGUUUGCCUGCAGACAGAAUCUUGCCAGCCUCAAAUAUCUCCAGAAAGGAAGACCAUGGGGCCUUCCACCUUCGUGAGUCUCGGGUUGCUGGUCGUGGCCCUUUCCCUAAGUGGAACCAAAGGCUGCUGUUGUCCCCAUGAUUGGCUCCCCAUGAAUGGGCUUUGCUACAAGGUCUUUGAGGAACAAAAGAACUGGAAGGACGCCGAGAUGUUCUGCAGGAAACACAAGCCGGGCUGCCACCUCGCCGCCCUCCACAGCAUGGCAGAGUCAGCUGACUUGGCUGAGUACGUCUCUGACUAUAUCACAAAGAAAGACCAUGUCUGGAUUGGACUGAAUGAUCCAAAGAAACAACGCAACUGGGAGUGGACAGACAGAUCCUGCAUCGACUAUCUGUCCUGGCAUCCAGGAGAGCCCAACACCGUAGGGAACCUUGAAUUCUGUGUCAUCCUCUUGACCGUGUCAGAUUAUAAGACCUGGAACGAUGUAUCCUGUGACGACCUCCGUCCGUUCAUCUGCCAGUGCAAAUUCUAGGGAAAAGGGUUCCUUCUUUUGCUCCAGAGUGAGGGAAGCAGCUGAUGAACUCUGGAGAAGCAAGGAAGCCCCCCACCCCCCACUCCC